AGACGACAACAGUGUGGACGGGACUGCUCUGAAUAGUUCCAACUACACGCUGACUGUGAUUGUGUUGAACAAGGAGGAAGUGCCAUGGUUUAAUGAGGAUGGAAAUCUGGCACUCGGGAUGGCUGUUGAGACCACAAUUGAUUAUCCGGAACGAGUUACUUACCCUGACUCAGUAUUCGUGUUCAGUGAAUCAAAGGCUCCAGGUGUGUUUUCUGGUAUCACGUCCAGUCCGGACUCGACACUCCUUCCGGCUACAGACACAGACGGAGUCUACAUAGCAGAUUUGGACGACUGGACGGCGGCCAGAGGUUACUAUGACCCAGACUGCAGUCCAUACAACAACUGCACCGGAGUCACUUUCCAGAUUCUGAACUCAACUGGUGGUCUGCUGGAGUCACACUUCGACAUAUCCAUAGACACCGGAAACAAGUAUCAUUUGUUCUUGGUGAGCUCGAUCAACUACGAGGUCUACUGUGAGCAGGAAUCAUUCACCUCCAGCAUCUACCCCUUCAAUCUCACGAUUGUUGCCGUGGACCCAACUGGGUUGCAGACUACGAAUGCAAUCGGACUGUACAUGAGGUUGACAGACGACAACGAGUACGACCCGGUAAUGGACCCCACUCAUGAAUUUUCGGUGGCUGAGAACGCCCCCUUCGGAACGAACGUGGGAACUACAAUUGUGUGUCAGAGCGAGAUCGAAUGCUACCCAGACACUAUCACCACAUUUGCCAUACUGACCACUUUGCCGAGUGCCAAUGACGGUGGCUACUACUUCGAGUUUGUCACCACUAAUGUCGGACAGUUGACAGUUGCUCGUCCUCCUGACUACGAACUAAUCCAGCAGGUGAUCUUCGAGGUGCGUUGUCGGGACUUAAACGACGGCGAGGGCGAUAGAAGGAGUUCGACGACGACAGUGACAGUGAACAUAGUGGACCAGAAUGACAAUGAGCCCCAGAUGGUGCAGACGUUCUUCAGUGUGGCUACACGAUAUGACGCAGAGUACAGGACGUUCCUAGCUAGACUUCAAGCCACAGAUGCCGACUCCGGACUGAAUGCGUUGCCUAUCUUUGCCCCGGCCUCCCCCUCGGAUGAGUUCGGAGUGGACUCUGACACUGGAGAUGUGUUCACGAAGGAGUUCUCCCUCAUCCCCUACCACUCUUACAUAUUCUAUGCUGCAGUGUUUGACACUGGCGAACCAGGACAGCCACGCAACAUCGGAAACGAUGUGGCGACUAUCCGCGUGGACACUUUCGACCCAGCACAAGUACUCGUUGACCUCUAUUUGGGCAUAGAGUGGACUUCCUAUGACCCCACUGUGUUUGUAGCUGCCCUGAACGACCUAAUGGCCCCGUACGUCUUCUUCAUACAACAGAACACUGGAGGCGUCACAAAGGAAAACACUGUGACUAAUGGGGUAAGAGUGACAGUGUAUGCGAUUGAGAACAACAGCACGAUGUCUGAGGCGAACUUGGCGGAGGAGAAGAGAUUCGUGGCCAAGGAGACUCUCCUGCGGGACAUGAGGGAGUACGCAGAUGGCACUCCCUCCGAACUGUUCCAGUCUCCCGAAAUAGUGGACUUCAGAGUAGUAUAUGUCGAAGCUUCCCCCAUUUCAACUGACUUCGACGUCGAGGAGGGAGAUGAGGAGAGGUGGAUGCUGGACACGCCAGAGGGCAACCUGGCACUGGUUGCCCUCUGUCUUUUCAUCCUCAUAGCUGUUGUCCUCAUCCUCAUUGGACUGUUCCUGCUCCUGCAGAAGGCAGAGUGUGUUGGCUUCGACAGAAGUGUGAGGGAAGAGGUGUAUGAUGCACCAAAAAUGACUGACAACAAGCUGUUGGUGGGUCGUCUGAACAAGUCCUCUGUAACGGCAAUGGCCAGAGAGAAGAAGCAGGUUGUGGCCUCAACUACCCCUGCACCCAAAGCCACAGCCACAGUUGCUCCAGAAAAGAAUAAGCUGGUUCCGGUUGUGCCUGCGGCUCCACUGCCUCCCGCUCAGCUUCCGCCCCAGAUCACCCAACCCGCUGCUCCUCCCCCUGACAGAGCUGUCACACCAGAUGGAGGAAGGAAGAUUUGGGAGAUCCGGAGAUCCAGAGAGAAUGGGGCAGCCUCGCCUCUGGCUGGGAUCAAUUAGAGUCACGAAGAUAUACAUCUGGACGCUAGCUUCCAUUCUAUUCUGAGAAGUCAUGAAACAAGAAGGAGCACAAAGUAGAAAAAAUCUAUUCUAGUUUAGUUAGUCAAUGAAAAAGUUUUUACCAUAUAAACAUGUAUAUACAAUUAAUUGACAUGAGAAUUGUUUGUUUUCUAUCAUUGUAAAUAAAAAUCUAUUUUAUCGCAUUA